UCCCAUAUUUGAUGUAACAGAAGUUGUCACAAAAUGGAGGCGGGUGGAGCUUACGGUGGUGGCAAGGCAGGGGCACCUUUUGACCCCUUCACUUUUGUCCAAAAGCCCCAAGUAAUAUUGAGAGCUGUGUGCCUGCUUUUUGCAAUCAUUGUUUUCGGAUGCAUUUCUUCUGAGGGAUGGAUGUAUGAUGAGAAAGAGAAAAGAGAGUACUGCAUCUACAACAGGGAUGCCAGCGCCUGUCACUACGGCACUGGUGUGUCGGUGUUGGCAUUCUUGGCAUCUAUCGGCUUCCUCAUCGGGGAAUACCUUUUUGAGCAAAUGUCCUCCGUCAAGACUCGCAAACAUUACGUUCUCUUGGAUCUCGGUUACUCUUCGUUCUGGACUCUGUUGUACUUUAUCGGGUUUUGUUACUUGGCCAACGAGUGGAGCAAUGCUGAGACUCCUGAGGGUAAUUACGGAGUCAACAAUGCCCAGGCUGUUAUCGUCUUCUCCUUCUUCUCCAUCUUCACUUGGGCCGGCUGUGCUUGGUUCGCCUACCAGAGGUUCAGGGCUGGAGUUGACUCUGCCUUUGCCCCAAGCUAUGAGGCCGACCCCUCCCUCCCCGGAGCCGCCUACACCAGCUACGGCCCAGACAGCGACACUACCUACCAAGAGGCUCCGUUCUCCCAGAACCAACAGCGAGGCCCAGGAGACUAUCAGGCCCCGGCAUACUAGAAGGUAAAAGAUUGGAAAUGAGAAGAUGUUUAAUGAAGCCCCGACAAGAACCAUCUUUAUUAUUGCGAGAUUAUCAAGCAGAAACAACAGUCACUUUCUGUUUUCAAGAUAUCUGAUGAGUUAGCCAAAUUAAAACUUUAUUGUUUACACUUAGAACUGUACUUUUAUAGUUUGAUUGAUAUGAAAACUAAAUCAAGCAAUGGGAGCACAUCUUGCAAUUCACCAUACAAUGCUUUCAAGCCCUGCCAGAGUAGGCUUGGUGUAUAACAAUCUUCAAUUUCUUGACAAAUUUAACAUAAUAACUGCUGUGGAGUGUUCCAGAGUGUGCUUCCAAAACUUGACGAGUUUGAAAACAAUAACUUAUAAAGAGAAUGUAUGUUAAUUAAGAUACUGUAGAAGUAUAGGUUUAGUAAGAAUUUAAUUUGUUUGUAAAAUUUAAGUAGGAUUCAACUGUUGACUUUAUAUAGAACUGAAUCAAAUGUGAAGGAUCUAAUUGUAGUUCUUUUCAUUUAAAAACUUGUAGAUAAUUUCCUCGUAUACUUAUCACGAUCCAUAUGCAAACAUAAGGUCUGUGUAGAUGAACAGAGUAAAAUGAUUGACUGAACCCUGUUAACAUUGAUUCAUAUAAAAUUGCUUCUUGAUGAAGUAGUAUUGGUAAAUUACAACACAAUACGAUCAAAUAAACAAAUGCUUCCGAUUGUGCAUUUCAUCGUAAAUAAGAAAAAGAAACCAUAUUUUUGGUAAAUCGGUAAUUUUGCUACUCUCGUUUUCUAAUAAAAUUAAUAUUUUUAUAGCGAAACAGUUAUAUAUUUACAGAAGUUAUUUUCUCACCUGUAUAAAGGUUUGGUAGAUGUGAUGGUUUUUGAAGGGGCAUUGUACGUAACAGUAGACAAUACUUUUAGUGCAUAGUUCAUUUUUUAAUCGAUCCACGUUUUGAUGUUUGAAAUUUACGUUUGUCCUGUUAUUAAGGCACAAAUAUUCAAGUUUUCUGUCGUGCUACGGUUAUGGAAGCCAAUGUAUAUACUAUUUAAGUUGUAUAUUUGUAUAGUGUUGUCAAUGUAUUGAAUAUUUAAAUAGAAAGCAUAGGAAUUUCACCAAAAACUGGAAUGUAGAAGGUUGUUAGUUGUUUUCUAAAGCUCUCACAGGAGGCUAUUGAGCAUGGCAGUCGAUUCCUCUGAAUGAAGCUGUUUACAGUAUAGAUCCAUGAUACAGAUAAUGAAGCUGAAAUAAAGCCAGCUUAUAUAGUUUGACAAAAUCAGUAUCUGUUACAAUAUAUUUUUAAUCCCGUUUUUUAUCAUAAGAAUAUUUUCAUAUUUUUCAAUCGUUUAGGUUCAAACACAAACAAUCUGGUUAUUUUAUUAUACGAGUUUUUAACGACAUCAAGAAGAAGUCAGUUAAUAAAUCGAGAGAGAAAAAAAACAAAGGAAAACUGUUCAGAGUAUGGAUUAAGUUAAGAGAAAGAUAUAAAAUCUUUAUGCGUUGAAAUACCUAUGCUUAUUCAAGUUAGAGACACGGCGUUUGGCAUUGCCCAACUGACGGCCAGUAUUUAUUGUAGAAUAGAUAGAUGAAUGUUACCAAUCGUUGUACCUUGUACCACCUAUUACGGCUGUGGCGUGGUUGUUUCGUUGCUAUUAUUCCAGAAGUCCUGUUUCAUUAACUUUAAAGUCUAGCAAGUACAGUUGUAUUUCUAAAAAGACCAUUUCUAAAGACUAAUGAGGGAUGGAUAUUUCUUUUUAGGGCAGAGAUUCAGUUUGGUAGGUGUUUAAAUACAGUAGACACAUUUCAAACCCACCACCUCUAUACCGGAAGCUUGAAAAGAUAAUAAGUUACCAGUCAUCAUCCAAUGUGGAGGUAUAGAAGUUGGUUGGAAAAAUGGUGUGGCACUUAAGUACACACAUUAAUAUUGUAAUUAACAAUCAAAAAGUUCAUUUACCAAAGAAUCUUAGCGUUACCACAGAGAAAAUCUGAUAAAGUUAUACAUUAUACACUACUGUUAUCACAUUGUAAUAAAAAAGGAUGAGUUGUAUGUGUGUACAAUUCUUCGAUGAAUAAAUCAUUU